CCUCCGCUCUCAGUCUGAGAGGGGCAGCACUGAAGCAAUAAGCCGGUCACAGCUCCCGCAGUCCCCCCGCUUUAGCUUCAGAAAUGAACAACAACUUAGUCGGAGAUGAAGUCGGGAAACUUUUUGUGGGUGGAUUGGACUGGAGUACCACACAAGAGACACUGAGAAACUACUUCUCACAGUAUGGGGAAGUAGUAGAUUGUGUCAUCAUGAAGGACAAAACUACAAAUCAGUCGCGAGGCUUCGGCUUUGUUAAGUUCAAAGACCCCAAUUGUGUACGGACAGUGCUGGAGACAAAGCCACAUAAUCUCGAUGGAAGAAAUAUUGACCCGAAGCCAUGUACUCCCAGAGGAAUGCAGCCUGAAAAGUCUCGAACCAAGGAGGGCUGGAAGGGCAGCAAAGCUGAUAGCAAUAAAUCAAAGAAGAUAUUUGUAGGUGGAAUCCCCCAUAACUGCGGCGAGCCUGAACUCAGGGACUAUUUCAAUAGAUUCGGAGUGGUCACAGAGGUGGUAAUGAUCUAUGAUGCGGAGAAGCAGAGGCCCCGAGGUUUUGGAUUUAUUACUUUCGAGGCCGAACAAUCAGUGGACCAGGCUGUCAACAUGCAUUUUCACGACAUCAUGGGCAAAAAAGUGGAAGUAAAGAAGGCCGAACCUCGUGACAGCAAAGCUCCUGGCCAGCUCGGCCCUGGCCAGUGGGCGCCCAGGGGCAUCUUGAGUGCAGCUAAUGGUUGGACAGCACAGCCUGCCCAGGGCUGGCAACAGCCUUAUGGGCCACAGGGAGUGUGGGUGUCAACUACCGGCCAGCCCAUAGGCGGGUAUGGACCUCCGUUGCCAACAGGCCGGGGAACCCCCGCCCAGCCUCCGUCGCCUUUCAACGCAUUCCUGGUCACGACCCCGGCGGGUGGCUUUGCUGCACCUCAGGGCUACCCUCAGCAGGGCUACAGCACCGCACCUCAGUUUGGUUACAGUUUCGGCACACCACAAGCAGACCAGUAUGCUCCACAGGUUCCUCCUCCACCCACGACUCCAGGAACUGCACCGCUGGGCUUUGCACCAGCCACCACACCGACUCAGGAUUUGAGCAAAGCUCCCACCGGGCAGCCCGACUUCACUUAUAGCCAGUAUGGCUUGGGUAACUACCCUCAGGACCCCUCUGCCUACGGACCAACGCGUCCUUCUCACAGUUAUGGUCAGGAUGAGCAGGGAGGAUAUAGUUCAGGGUACGGUCAGGACCUGACAGCCUUCGGCCACAGCUUCGCAGACCCCAGCCAGCCGACAGCCUCGUACGGUGCCCCGACAGCACAGCCCACCGCUGCUCCCCAGCCCGCCGCCAGCGCAUUCGGCAGAGGGCAGAACCACAACGUACAGGGCUUCCACCCGUAUCGACGCUGACCACCACCACCAUCACCCCUUCCCAGGCAGGACCGCUGUGUAAAGUUCAAAAAUAAACAAAAAAUAAGAAGUCAGGGAAAUCUGUGUUCUUGCUAAAACGCAAAACUGGAGUUCUGGAUGUUCUUUAGGAAUGUUGAAUGCACACAGUUUGUGAAACAGGGAUUCCAGUAAAUUUAAAAGGGUAUUUUUUGUCUUUUUUUAAAAUUAUUUUAUUUUAUUUUUUCGUUUUGCAUAAAUUAAAAAACAUUCAGCAGAAAGAAGCUUUUAUUCCCCACCCCCAACCCAUGUUUUAUAGUAGAAAUAAACUACUUUGCAAUAAUUUUGUCUGGUCAAACACUAGCACAGAGACUAUAUGUAAAGAGACUUGCCUAUGAAUAUGUAUAUUUAUGGUGGACACAAAUGAAAACAGGGUCUCAAGUUUCCUCAGCUUUAAAUUAUAGGGAAAAUGUUUUUAUUUUUCAUUUGGUGAAUUUUGUUUACUUUCUGAGCCUUUAAAGUUUGUUUAAAAUGGAGAUUAUGAAUAUAUAUAUUAUACACAAACUGUGCAAUUUUUUAAAAAGGAAAAAAAAUUUUGUACUAUAAAUGUACACUUUGCUUGUUUUUUUAUUUAAAGAUGUAGACUUCCCUCAGGUGGCUGUUUUGGGUGCAUUUUUGCACUUAUGCAAAAAGUAAAGAUGAAAAAUUAUUACAAAAAUAAACGUUUUA